AUGCAGCAAGUAGAACAAACUCCUUUCCGAAAUGUUAGUGAGGACAUGGCAAGAGAAGGCGAAUAUAAGAUGGCAACUCUUCUUCCGAAAGCGGAAGGACAGAAAGCUAUCCUCGGAGAACGAGAGAAUGAGACCGUGUAUUACCCGGCUGCUGGGCAGGAUGAAACCAGGUUUUGCGUUGUUUGUGGAAAGCACGAAAGAUUCCGCCUCGACAAACAUUUGAGCAAAGAGCACAAUAUUUCAAAGGAAGACGCUCUAUACGAAGUGUGUGGACAAGUUGGACGAGGAAUUCUAAAUAGAAUGACAAGCGCUUCGGUGGACCUCUCCACAAUCCCUACACCACUCCAGCCUGGAGAGUGGUUAAUCUAUAGUGCCUUCGUGCUUCGGUUACGCGAAUGCGGUAUUCCAUUGCUAAAUGAACGACACUUCGAGCGAGCAGAACAACCUGCAAUACAACGUGAGGCCAUUGAAAGAGCAGUUGAGCCGCCUGGAUUGCCAGCUAUAGCAAUACAGGCAGAAGUUGUACAAGAAGAUGUGAGGUCCAUGGAUCAGUCUAGGAACGCCGACCUCCAACAAGGAGAGCAGUCCCCAUACAUCGAAGCCGGCUAUGCUUACAAGUCAACCUUGCAGAAGACGAUGAAUAUCGAGGUUAAACUAACAAAUACACCGCAAAAAGUACAACAAUGGAUGAACGAUGUGGAUAGACAAUUGAAACUAUGGAGAAAAUUAAUCCAGGACCAACAUCCAAUACUGCGAAGUUACGCCAAUAAUCUGAAGAGAACAACAGUAAGAGAUUCGGAGCAGUCAGUUCCCGUACGUGUACACGACGCUGUGCAAGUAUACGACGAAACUCGUCAUACACGGAAAUGUUAUGCGAGUAACGUUGAACGAUUCAUGCUCGUUGCGAUGCGUUCAAGGAAGAGGUGA